UACGUGGUUGUGCUUCUGAAGCGAAAACUGUACCUCUGAACUCGGAAGUGUCAUUUCCUCAAAUGCCUGAUAGUGUUGCAGAAAGAAUUUCUCUGUUUCGUUCCCAACUCGAGAAACGAAGAUUCGAUGAUGAAUCUCUUCGAAUUCUGGAGAUGGUCUUGGUUUCGAAAGACGUGAAAUCCUUGCUUUCAGUUCGGUGGAGCUUGAGAGAGUUGAUGAGAUCUGAAAUUCUCCAUGUUAUUAAAGAAAUGUCAGAUAAAACUAUCGAGCAGAAACUGUCUGUCAUUGACUUUUUUGUUCGAGCUUUCGCUCUUGCAGGAGACAUUAAGAGCUGCUUGACGUGGAGAUACGAGGCCUUGGUUCUACGGGAACAUAAGUCCACAAAUCAUCCUUGGCUACAAGUCUCAUAUGAGGAGUGGUUGAAUUUUGCCGAGAUUUCACUAGAUAAUGGAUUUUAUUCAAUUGCAGUAAAGGGGUGCGAAUAUGCACUUUUAUCUGUGCAAUCCAAUGAUAUUGAAGACACACAAAUGGUGUUAAAAAUCAAGAAACUGAAGAACGUUGCCAUGUCAUUAAUUGCUUCACAGUCUGUUAGGGCUCAAACAGCUGAGUACUUGCAAAAGAAAAGAACCCAGCAGGACAAAAGCUAUAGCUUGCAAUCAACAAAUACACAGUGUUUAGCCAGCUUUCUGUUCAGAAAUGGAAUUAAAAAGCGGAAUAUGAGAAAACUUCAUGAAUUUCAAAACAUGCAACAGAGAGCCAGUGAAUCAUAGAAAAGUUUGUUCUCCUUGUCCAAGUGUCUCCAAGCUUUUACUGAUGCCUUUUUUUUUGACAUUAGCUCAUGCUUCUGGCUACACAUUUCUUAAUCCUUCUUGAUUUAAGUGUCACUGUUUUGAAAUGGUCUCUUUUCAAUAAGGACAGGAUAUGCAGGGAGGUGUCAAAAAGGUAUAUUCAUCA